GUUAUCCCACCAACCUCCGGUUUGAUUGACUACGCCAUUAGCCUAAAACCUGAUUACCACCGAGCUGUCAUCGAUACUAUAACAUUUUAUGGCUGGAAAACCAUCAUCUACAUCUACGACUCUCAUGACGGAUUACUUCGCUUACAACAGCUAUACCAAAGCCUGCAACCAGGUAUGGCGACAUUCCGUAUAACGAAUGUAAAACGCGUGUCCAAUGCCAUAGAAGUUGUCACUUUUCUUGGCUCACUGGAAAGACUAGAUCGUUGGAGCAAUAAAUAUGUAGUAUUGGAUUGUGGCACCAAACUAGCAAAGGAUACACUAAUCCUACAUGUUCGCGAUGUCCAACUAGGAAGACGAAACUAUCACUACUUUCUCACUGGCUUGGUUCUGGAUGAUCGUUGGGAAAAAGAGGUUACUGAAUACGGUGCUAUUAACAUAACAGGUUUCCGACUUCUAGAUUUUUCAAGGAAAAUCGUUCAAAACUUCAUUGAAGUAUGGCGGAGGGAUUCUAUAUCGGCGCAGGCAGCCCUUAUGUACGAUGCUGCACAAGUUCUCGUUGAUUCCAUACUUCGAAUGCUCAGAAAGAAACCCGACUUUCUUCGAUCAAACAUGAGGCGCAACAGCUUUGUAAAUAAUUCCAAAGCUAUUGACUGCAACCCAACCAAUAAAAUUUCACCUUAUGAAUAUGGCGAGAGGAUUUCCAAAAUCAUCAAACGGACGGAGCUUGAUGGUCUUACUGGUCUCAUACGAUUCACCGAGACAGGUCAUCGACGAAACUUUACCCUUCAAGUUAUUGAGAUGACUGUUAAUCGGGAAAUGGUUAAGAUUGGAACAUGGUAUGAUGAUCGAGGUCUGAUACCAGUAAAAACCAAAUUGCCAGGUUUAAAAGAAGUGGGAUUUUACGAUCGAAAUAAAGUCUACAUAAUGUCCACUAUAGCUGAAGAUCCCUACGUAAUCAUAAACAACGAAUACACGGAUCAGUCUUCGAAAUAUACUGGAUUUUGCGUUGAUUUGGCGUACUUGGUGUUAGAGAAAUUAGAAAUCAAAUUUGAGAUACAUCUUGUCAAGGAUAGCAAGUAUGGAGCUAUCAACACAAAACUUCCGUCUGGAUGGGACGGUCUCGUAGGAGAACUUGUACGCAAGGAAGCAGAUUUAGUUAUUGCACCGUUAACUGUUACAUUGGAACGCGAGGGGGUCAUUGAUUUCAGCAAGCCAUUUUUGUCGUUUGAUGUCAAGUCUAAGAGUAAUACACAUUUCGGUACCAUUUUUAGUUUUUUUCAACCACUCUCCAAAGAGAUAUGGCUCUGCAUCAUAGGAAGUUUUUUUGGUGUUAGCUUUUGCCUGUUUCUUGUUUCGAGAUUUUCUCCUAACGAAUGGCGUGUAAUGUCUUUUACGGAUUCUCAUACAAACGAAAACAACGAGGUUGCAACAACUAAGACAACGGUUGUAAAUGAAUUUAAUUUAUGGAAUUCUAUGUGGUUCUCUCUCGGUUCUUUUAUGCAACAAGGCAGCGAUAUCGCACCGAGGUCAAUUUCUGGGAGAAUUGUUGGUUCUGUAUGGUGUUUCUUCGCUCUUGUAGUGGUUUCCACAUACACAGCAAACAUGGCUUCAUAUUUGACAAUAACGCGUAUUAAUGAACCCCUUCAUGCUUACAGUAAAGUUACAAACUGCCCCGAGGAUCAAGCACCUAAAUAUAUUGAAGAACCCGAUGAUACAUGGAUGGGAUUUUUAUCAACACAAUCCUUUUUGGGUGAAGAAAAGAAGAAACCAUGCGAAAUGUUAGUGUCCGUCACACAAUCUGGAAUAAAAGAUUUUGCUGUAGCAUUUCCAAAAGGAUCUAAACUACGGGAUGGUGUAAAUCUCGCUCUUCAAGCUUUACGAGAUAGUGGCGAGCUACAAGUACUUGUACGAAAAUGGUUCAUUGACACAAAAUGUGCUGUUGAUCAUGAGGUACACGGCGCUUCACUGAGCUUGAACCAAUUUGCUGGACUCUUUUAUAUCUUAGUCGCAGGAUUGGGCGUUGCUCUAACUAUUGCUUUGUUGGAAUUCAUUCAACAUGGACGUUCUGAAGCUGUUCGAGCAAAUAUUUCCUUGAGAAAGGCGUUAAGAGACAAUGCAUCUCGGAAUACACGUCUGAAUCAAGCAACACCACCACGUGAACAACGAGAAGAAACGGAUCAAAUGGAUUGGAAUGGUGGAGGUUUUGCAGGAUACUACGCUUCUGGUCAGUCUGGUGUUCAAGAGGAAACUGCUUUACACGGCAGUUUUACGCAAUGCUGA